AUGGAGUCAAACUUGAGUUUGCAGGUCACCCUGGCCCCCCAGGCACCGAUCCUAGAGGCACAAGAACCAUUCGCUCUACCAAUCAAAGUUUCUGUUCACAAUGCCGCAGAUUCGCCCGUUACUAUUUUGAGAUGGGGCACCCCGUUAGACCCUCAGGCUGGUGUGCUCGGUGUUUUCGAGAUUUGUGACACAACGGACCAACGGAAAGUGUCCAUUCCUACUAUCAUGGUAUCACGCAAGCUACCCGCCAGUGAAAAAGAUCUCGUUGAGAUACAAGCACGCGAAACCCUCGAUGUAACUAUCAAUUUGCCAAUUCAAGGCCUUGAAAAGGGACAUGAAUAUUCUGUUCGUGCACAAGGAACUUGGCAUGCGGUGUGGCCCACUGAAUUAUCCAAUGUGACUGUAUCCCAACUCAAGGACAACGGAGGUGCCAGUCGCGGGGACUUCCUAUCCAAUGAAUCCUUUGUGAGCAUUGAGUGA